GCCGAAGAUCGACAAGGUAACAAACUAGCCAUAGUACAGCGCAAGCAGGCCGAAUAGCAGUUUUUGCAGGCGAUGUAGGAUACUGACGAGCCCAUUCAGGAUCAUUUAUAGGAUCUUCGGUCGGGCUGACUGUACCCGACGAGCGUCGUCCCAUCUCGUGCUGGCAACUCUCAAUCCAACUCGCGCGAUCAUUAGAAAUCCUACAAAUACCCGCGCGGUUCUCCCGCGAGUCCUUGACCAACUUAGUACUUGACUUGAAGUCAGAGAGGAGACGCUUCGCCAUGCCGCGGCAUUCCGCCUGCUGUCUGUCUCUAUCAGCCCAUUUAAUGACGACGCUUUUGGUACCCCUGGUUCUAGCGCUCACGCGCGCGUCCCUGCGCGCCGAUGCGGCGAUACUGGACCUCGUGACGGCGGCGGGAGCGGGAUCGCAGGGGUUCGGGUACACGGGGAAAGCCACGGCCACUUAUUACGGCGGCGGGAUUGACGGCGGCAACUGCGGGUACGGCAAUCUAUUGGCGGCGGGGUACGGCCCCAUCUUCGCGGCCGGCAGCGUAAUGCUCUACAAGGACGGCCGCGGCUGUGGCAGCUGCUACAGGGUGCGGUGUGUGGACAGCCCGUACUGCAAGAAGGGCGUGAGUGGCGUCACGGUGGCCAUCACGGACCAGUGUCCUGCGGGGGGCGGGUGGUGCUGCCCCACGUGCGUGCACUUCGACCUGGGCAUGGCCGCCUUCAAUAUGAUCGCAGAGCAAGUCGCUGGGCACGUGCCGCUGGUGUACACCAGGGUGCCUUGUUUGUUCAACCGCAACAUCCGCCUCACGCCCACCGGCUCCGACUACUGGAUCAACCUGCUUGUGCGCAACGUGGCGGGCCCCGGUGACCUGGCAUCCAUUGACGUGGCGGAAGCAGGAUCCGCCAUGUGGAAGCCCAUGACGCACGACUGGGGCGCCGUGUGGGUGUACCGGACCUACCUCAAGUCCCCGCUUAGGUUCCGACUUACCUCUUUAAUGGAUGGGCAAGUGGUGGAGACCCCAGCGGCGUGCCUCCCUGCAGGAUGGGUGGCAGGAAAGGACUACGACUGCCAGGUGCAGUUCUCAUCUGGGGGAGGUGGGGGCGGCUGGAACAAUACAGGUGGCAACAAUGGGUUGACUGGCGGAGGGGGCAGUGAGGGGAACUCUGGAACGGCCAACCCACCCGGGGGAUUCAAGCUCCCGCUUCCUCCUAAAACGGCUCCCGGCCCCCCGAGGAAGACCCCUCCCCCUGCAGGGAAGCCGAAGGAUGGGACUAAGACGCCUAGCCCCCCGGGAACGAGUCCUCCCGCUGUUGGGAAGCCGCAUAAUGGCACUAGGACUCCCAGCCCCAAGGCUCCGAACUCCAAGGCACCCAGCCCCAAGACUCCUAACCCUAAGACUCCUAGCCCCAAGACUCCCAGCCCGAAAACUCCUAGCCCCAAGACUCCUAGCCCUAAAACUCCUAGCCCCCCGAAAAAGAGUCCUCUCCCUUCUGGGAAGCCAGUGAAGCCAAAGAAUGGGACCAAGACAACAGGUCCCCCAAAGAAGAGCCCGCCCUCAACUGGGAAGCCGAAGAACGGAACCAAGACAACGAAGCCCCCAAAGGCGGGUUCACUGUUCCCAGGGAGCCCCAAGAAUGGGACCCAGACACCCAGCCCCCCAAAGAAGGGGUCACCGUCCCCCAAGAAGCCAAAGGUUGUAGCGGCUACCCCCUCACCGACGAACCCUCUCUUUCCUGGGAACCCGACAGAUGGGAGUGUGGGGAGUGGGGGAGUGGGUGCAGGAAAGGGAGGCGGUGGAGGGAGUGAGGUUCCAUCAAGACCAUCUACAGUGCCAUCAAGGCAGGGCCAGCCUCAAAAUAGACGGCUAUAAGUAGGCUGUUCAGCAAUUCAUGAAGUACUAACAUAGGGAAAUAAGUUAGCAUUGUAGUGAUGUAUUGUGUGAGGGAACAUAAGAUUAUUAUUAUAGGUGUUUUGUGGGCUAGAA